CAACCAGGUCUAGACAGAAUGGCUGAAGCUAAGGAAUUAAACAAGAAAAGUGGUAGUCCUGAAAAAACGGUGCGACGGGCGCUUCUCACGGGCAUCACAGGGCAGGAUGGGUCGUACUUAGCUGAGUUACUGCUGAGUAAAGGAUAUGAAGUUCAUGGGAUCAUCAGACGUUCCUCAUCGUUCAACACCGGUCGCAUUCAUCACUUGUACCAAGACACCAAGUCCCACAGAGAGGGAGCCAUGCACUUGCACUAUGGCGACCUCACAGACUCCACGUGCUUGGUCAAAAUCAUCUCCAAGGUCCAGCCGCAUGAAAUUUACAACCUUGGUGCACAGAGCCACGUCAAGGUGUCUUUUGACCUGGCCGAGUACACUGCCAAUGUGGACGCUCUUGGGACCCUGCGUCUGCUAGACGCACUGCGCACUUGUAAACUGGACAAAACCGUCAAGUUCUACCAGGCCAGCACGUCUGAGCUCUUCGGUAAAGUUGUCGAAACUCCACAGAAAGAAACCACGCCCUUCUAUCCCAGAUCUCCUUAUGGUGCCGCUAAACUGUACGCGUACUGGAUCGUCGUGAACUACAGGGAGGCGUACGGCAUGUACGCGUGCAACGGUAUCCUCUUCAACCACGAGUCGCCGAGACGUGGCGAGACGUUCGUCACGCGCAAGAUCACGCGCUCCGUUGCUAAGAUCCACCUCGGCAUCAUGGACAGCUUCGAGCUGGGCAACAUUGACUCAAUGAGAGACUGGGGGCAUGCCAAGGAUUAUGUCGAGUUCAGCUAAUUACUUGUACAUUGAACAUGAGCUAAUUGGUUUCAAACAGGCGAGGUGCACUCCGUCAGGGAGUUCGUUGAGGCCGCCUUCCAGGAGAUCGGGCGUUUAAUAGAGUGGCGAGGCAGCGGCGACACGGAGGUCGGGGUGGAGAAGGGCACGGACGUGGUGAGGGUGCGUGUCAACCCCAAGUACUAUCGCCCUGCCGAAGUGGACUACCUACAAGGCGAUGCUUCAAAGGCCUUAAAUAAGUUGGGCUGGAAGCCAACCACUACAUUCAAGGAGCUCGUGAAGGACAUGAUGGCGAGCGACAUCGAGCUCAUGUCAAAGAACCCCAACGCAUAAUCUCGUCCACUUCCUCUGCCAUGGCGAGCGUGUCUCGUCUUAACGACCAAGUUCUGGAUACGCAUAAAUCGCUACGACCAUCGUAACUUCAGGGAGGCUUCAAAAUUUGAUUUUAUUCCAUAAAUUAGACAUCUUUAUGUAAAACUCAAGCAGGGUAAUUAACACAAGAUGUGUCUCGUCAUAACGACCAAGUUCUGGAUACGCAUAAAUCGUUACGACCGUCGUAACAUCAGAAAGGCUUCAAAAAUUUGAUUUUAUUCCAUAAAUUAGACAGUUUUAUGUAAAACUCGAGCAGGGUGAUUAACAAAAGAUGUGCAAGUUCAACAACCGUGUACUGAAAGUGUGUUGCACUAGUGAUGAGUGUUGCACGAUCAAGUGAACGCCAUAUCCUCUCACCACGUUCCGACUCUCUACGUUCACCAUUCGAUAGUAUUACACUAUUCUGACUCAAUCAUGGGCAUGUUGGUUUUAUCUCAUUAUAUCGUUAUUAUAUUCCGCUGAAUCUCGGAACAUUAGAACCAAACAUCAAAAUAAAGAUGUUUCUUGCAUAGGCUACUUUACUUACGACCAUGUAAGUGAAUUGAAUUUUAGUGAGUUUUACUUUCAAAAAAUUUCUAAAGCAAUAAUAUAUAACCACAUGCUGCCAUCUAUCUUCAUUCCAUAUAGUGUUUAUGAAACGAUUUGAUGAAAAUUUUUAACACAUCCAUGGCGUAUUGCAUCACAAUCAAUGUUUUAUUGAAGUGCACAACAUUCCAAGACGAAACAAUCGGGUUCCUGCAGCUUCUAUGGGUAAUAAUUUCAUAUUCAUAUUGUUUUUUGUACUGAAGGUUUUUCCCCAUUUUAUUUGUAUUAUUGGUUUUAUGUUUGAUGUUACGAUGUUGCAAUGCCAUCCAAUUUUAAGCUUGUAUUUUAUUCGACUUUGUGAUUUAAAUUACUUGUCUUAGUUUAUUCGUUGAUACAAGCGUGCGCUUCAUCAAGGACACUUUUAUUAGGUUCAAUGAAGUUAUUCAAGCAGUGAGAAAUCGCAUUUCAGUUCUUUGAAAGCUCAAGUUGAAUAUAGAUAAAAGCCAGAUCUCCUACAAUGUUUGGAGUUAGCAGUCGGAGCGCUCUGAAUACCUUCAGAAUUAUCUUUCUUCUUUCCUUGCUAAGUUGCUACUAAUCUUUGCUGGAGAUCUUUCCUAACAAGGAUCCGUAGACAUCACCGUCGCCUUGUUGGAGCAGAACUCCCUUAGAAUUUCAAGAUUGUAGCCAUCAUCCAAGCAUCAAUGGUUAGCUUGAUGAUCAUCUUUCGCUAAAAGUGCCAGUUAUUUUCAUGCAUGUUGCAAUUUUUUUGCACCAUGGAAUGAGCUUCUACCCUGAAU